ACAGAUGCAGUACGAGAAAGUUAAAAGCGACGAAAGUACGAGCAUGGAAGGGUGUUAUCUUCUUGACGACGACCAAAUCGUGACCACGUGCUUCGACAAUGUCGUCCGAGUGUACGACGUCAAAUCAGGCAAGUUACUGCACCGGUUGACAGGCCACAAGACGUCGGUGACGUUAGCGCUAAGUGGCGUCACGCCCUACUUCCUGACGUAUGGCUCGCAUGCGGAAGAGAACUGCAUCUUCCUGUGGAACAAAGUCACGUGCUCUAGGGUCGCCACCUUCACGCUGGACGAGCGGAUCAAUACCAUCCACUGGAGCGAUGAUGGAACGUUUUUCUACACAACCAUAAAUGGCGUCUGGGAACAUAAGGUUGCUGAAGUCAUUACGUGGACUAUUCACCAUGGAAACGAACCCACAACGAGGCCUGAGGUUAAAAAAAAGUCUCCAGAUAUAUUCAACCGAAGCAAACCUGUCCCGUCUGACGAUUAAUGCUCCUGAAAAAGUUGAGAAGGGCUACCAACCGGAAGUGGGAGAUCCCGACACGGAUGAUGAGUUCUUUACUGACCAAGACUAGUUACUUCUAAUUUUGCAAUAUCAUUGGCGUCGCUCUGGAGAGCGGCGACUAGUAUGGAAUGCUUUUUUUCGCUUAUGGGAGGAAAAGUUAUUUUACGGAUCAAUGUAUAUAUUUUUGUUUUAAGAAU